AUGACGGACGGGACGGGAACAAGGGAGGAAGAAGGAGAGACUUUGCGGCGCUGGGAGCGUCAACAGAUCCAGAUGAAAGAAGAUGUGAUUGAACAGGACACAGAAGAUUGGCAGAGCAAUUCCACCUUUACUGGACUGGAAAGAGUUGGAGGAAUGGAUUUGUCUUAUCUUAAAGAAGAUGCCACACGUGCCUGUGCUUCACUAGUGGUGCUCAGCUACCCAGAACUUGAGGUUCUCUACGAAGACUGCUACGUGGUGGCUGUGAAUGCUCCCUAUGUGGCAGGAUUCCUGGCUUUCCGAGAAGUCCCUUUUUUACUUGAGGCUGUACAGCGGCUAGAGACACAGAAGCCUGGCCUCAGGCCCCAGGUGCUUCUUGUAGAUGGAAACGGCAUCCUGCACCACAGAGGUUUUGGCAUUGCUUGCCAUCUUGGUGUUCUCACAGGUCUUCCCUGUAUUGGUGUAGCCAAAAAUCUCUUGCAGGUUGAAGGUUUGGCCAAUGAUGAGCUUCACAAGAAACAAAUCCAAGAUCUUCAGGCAGGAGGAGAUGCAUUCCCACUCACAAGUACCUCUGGGAAAAUCUUGGGUAUGGCGUUGCGUAGCUGUGUCAAGAGUACCAAACCUGUGUACAUCUCAGUAGGCCAUAAGAUAAAUCUACUGUCAGCUGUGCGCCUGGUCCAUUCUUGUUGCAAGUAUCGGAUUCCUGAGCCCAUCCGGCAGGCAGAUAUAAGAUCCAGAGAAUAUGUCCGGAAACAUAUGGAGGUCAACAUUGCUGUGCCCCCUCCUCAGCCAGAGAGGAAAGAUGCCUGCUCAAGAGUGUACCAUCGGGCUAAUGAUGAUGCAGGAUGGCCGGCAAAAUUAGGUGAUGAACCUCAGACAUUAUUGCAGUUGGACACAAGGAACUGGGAGAAUAAACAAGGUUUCCAGCAAAAAGAAACAAAGUGUCACAGCAAAGAUUUGAACAUGUUUGUAGAUGCUCUGCUCAGAGAGCUGGGAUAA